CACGCCCUCUACCAGGCUCCACUGCGGCACUUUCCACGGCAUCAAAUUUGCAACACGGCGUUAGUUGAAUCACAUCAGAGAAGCACACUCAUCUAUCCAUCAUGGCUGCACUACGAUCGGCUUUCUCUCAGCUACGGGACAUCCUGUCUCUAGCACAUCUCAUCACCGAGAGCAACAUCAAGGCAUUUGUCACGCCGACCGUACUCAACGGUCUGAUGGCGGCUGCAUCUGGGGGUGUAACGACGGACGUUCUCAGUUGGCCGGACGUGGCUGUGGCCGUCCCCAAGAUGGCGCUCUACAUCUGGCUCUGGGACCUCUACUUCGAUUGCAGCAACCAGAAGGACCCAGGGUCCAUCGAGGAGGACAGGCUCAACAAGCCCUGGCGGGCGAUCCCGUCGGGACGACUCAGCGUCGAGGCCGCGGAGCGCUGGUACGUGUGCUCAGCUUGCAUCAUGCCCGCGGUCGCCCUCUGGCUCGGCGCCUUGCCUGAGGCGAUCGCCUUCAUGUUGGAGACCCAGGUCUACGACCGCCUGGGUGGUGGGUCGACCUGGUGGGGCCGGUCCAUCAUCAACCCGCUCUUCUUCUCGACCGCCCAACUUGGUGCGAUUCGUGUGGCAGCAGGAACAUCCACAACCGUGAGCAAAGUGGGCUACCAAUGGUGCAUGAUACACGCAUUGAUAAUUUUUACGACUAUCCACCUCCAAGACCUUAGGGAUCUGGAUGGUGACAAGGCCCGCGGCAGGAACACGCUACCCCUGGCCCUAGGCGAAGGAGCCACUCGCGUGCUCAUGUCAUUCUUUGUUUUCUUCUGGUCUUUCGCAGCCCCAGCCUGGUGGGCGUGCUCGGUCAUGGGGUACCUGGUGCCAGGGCUUAUCGGAACCUUUGUGGCUGGGCGCUUCCUGCUCUGCAAAACCCGCAAGGCGGACCACUUCAGCUUUCACCUCUACGCCUUGCUGUGGCUGCCAUCAAUCUACAGCACCCCUUUGUUCAGCCAAGCCGUGGCGACGGCGGCAUGAAUCCAAGCAAGGUAGGGCCGAGGAUAAGCAUUCGCUUGUCUCGUACCUAAUUAAUUCCCUUGAAAUAGCUAUCAUGAUUAGAUGUAGGAUGAGGAUGUAUGCAAGGUAGAC